UGAGAUGUCAACUGAACAGUCCGCCCUCGAUGUCAUUCAACCGUCUUUGGACGAUCGAGGAAACCGAAAGUGUCGGAUCGGUGAUCAUUCGAAUCCGCGCCGAGGAUAACGAAGGAGACCAAUUGACCUACGACAUCGAACCCAAAUAUCAGGGAGAACAUAUACCCUUCACGAUCGACGCCAAAAGCGGUGUUGUAUAUUUAAACGAGUCUUUGAAGGGAAAGGCCGGAAAAGAUAUCAAUUUGUACGUGAAAGUAUCCGACGGUCAUCUUGGAGCCAAAUCUGAAGUAUUUGCGAGGAUUGUGAAAGAUUCUUCGCAACCUACAAACCGUAGCAAGAUUCAUCCACCAGGUUUCCUGCCCUAUCCACCUGGUUUUAAUCCACCCACUUCUCAGAUACCGACGUUCCCACCUCGACCAUCUCCAGGUCAGGUGCCUCAUUUCCAGGAGAAGACUUAUCCGGAGCCGGUGGUGUCGAAGAACAGCACUCAUUUAGUGCCUGUCGGAUUGCAGACGAGUACUCCACGAGUCGAAACCACCAGUUUUCCUCAAGUUAUACCUUUGAAUGAGACCGAUUCGGAUAACGAGUUGAUACCUGUUGAUAGACCUCUGAAGUCUGUACCAGAUUUGGCUGUCACGCUUGUUCCAGUCGUCUCAGUUUGCAUCAUCUUCGUCAUUGUUGGAUCCGUGGCUCUGGUAUUCCGAAAGAAGCUCUGCGCAGCACGGGCCAAGAAAUGCAAAGAGGAUAUGAAAAAGGAUUCAGGAGGUAUAGUGAUCCAAGAGGACCUUGCGAUGCAGCAAUGGCGAGGUCCGAGAGCGUUUAGCAAUCGUUACGAACAAUGGGACAGGGAUCCUAAUGGGAACACAACUCAGGCUGGAAAUCAGACGAAUUCAGAGCCAACAGAGAGCGAUCGCUGGGAAUUCCCGAGACACCGUCUGAAGUUCUUCAAUAUUUUGGGCGAAGGCGCCUUCGGACAAGUUUGGAAAUGCGAGGCACUCGACAUUGACGAAAAAGAUGGUUUAUCUGUGGUUGCGGUGAAAACUCUAAAAGAGAAUGCUACAGAGAAGGAACGUUCCGAUUUGGUGUCAGAGCUGCAGGUCAUGAAGAUGCUCGAACCUCAUCCAAAUGUAGUAAGGUUAUUGGGAGCUUGCACCGACAAGGAUCCUAUUUUUGUGGUCAUGGAGUUCGUGAGCAAAGGUAAACUUCAGAGUUACCUGAGGAAUUCAAGAGCUGAGAGGUACUACAACAAUAUGCACGGUCAAAGUAAAUCAUUGACCAGCAGAGAUUUGACGUCCUUCGCUUAUCAAGUGGCCAAGGGCAUGGAGUUUCUUUCAACGAAAGGCAUUAUCCACAGGGAUUUGGCCGCUAGGAAUGUGCUCAUCAACGAUGAGCAUACUUGCAAAGUGGCGGAUUUCGGAUUCGCGCGAGACGUGAUAGACUCUCAUGUUUACGAGAGGAAGAGCGAAGGCCGGCUUCCUAUCAGAUGGAUGGCACCGGAAUCUCUGUAUGAUAACAUUUUCUCCACAAAAUCCGACGUCUGGAGCUUCGGCGUAUUGAUUUGGGAGAUAGUCACGCUGGGCAGCACUCCUUAUCCCGGUUUAUCAGCGGCCGAAGUCAUGCGAAAGGUUCGUGAUGGACAUCGUUUGGAUAAACCUGAGCACUGCCGGAGGGAGUUGUACAACAUCAUGUAUUACUGCUGGGAUAAAGAUCCGAAGCAGAGGCCCACUUUCGCCGAGUGCAUAGAGUUACUAGAAAAGCUGAUCAUGACCGAAACCGAUUACAUCGAGUUGGAGCGAUUUCCCGAUCAUUCCUACUACAAUAUGCUGAACCUCAGCGAUGAGAAAUUAUGAACUCUUUCCGGGAUGAUUCCUUCAUCAGCAAGAAGCAAAACUAAAUAAAGUUUUCGUUUCGAGGAUCGAAGAAGUAUCUGUGAAUUAGCAAAAAAAACUAUACGUAUUUUAAUGAUAUAUUCAUGAUUAAUGACUAGUUUCAAGUACCAUCAAUCAUCAAGAUUUUUUUUGAAGCAACAUCAUUUUUGUUAAGUCUGAAAUCUAUAAAAUCUCAUGUGAAUUCAAAGUGAUUUAUUAACAAAAAAAAUGUCCAAGAUAUUACUUAAAUACAUAAAAACGCAUCACUCCAAUGGAAAUUUUAAUUCGUAAAUUAAUUUUAUAUAUAGAC